UAUAAACAUCUCCGGACAGACAGACGGACAGAUUAACUGCCCAUCUGUUGUAGUUGUUGGUAUAGUGUAAAAGAAAAUCGCCGCCAUAGCAGGCAGCCCUCUAUUUUCCUUGUGUAUCCUUGUCUGCGAAAACUGAGGAAAUUAUAAUACUUUGAAAGAAAUUUUGUCUACAUCGCGUUAGUUCGAUUGGCAUUGAAAACACCAAAGUCAAAAUUAAACAAAUGAUGACUCUUAAGGCAACAGAAACCAUUCCCAAUAUGACCACUAGCAAUAAAAAAUUAAAAAUAGGCCUCGACAAUCGUUUUACAGCCAGCAAUGUUGAUUCUCUAUCCGUUAUACGUGAAGUUAAGAAAUACAAAGUUAUGUACGAUACGGAACAUGAGAAGUACCAUGACCAACAUUACCGAGCCACUGUAUGGGAGCAGAUAUGUGAAAACCUAUAUCCUGAAUAUCAUGAAUAUAAUGUGACAUUACGGGCUCACAUAGUUGCAUUAGUGCGUCGUCGCUGGAAAUCCGUACGCAAUUAUAUAGCCCAGGAGGCUAAGCUAAUGGUAACCACAGACUAUUGUCGCAAAAGGGAAAGCACACAGUGGGAAGAGAUGCAAUUUAUACUGCCAUAUAUAAAAACUCCAUAUUGUGAACAGUUCGCCACAGAAUUGGGCUUAAAACGCUCAGAUGGCACGGACUCUAAUUCGACAAAGGCCGAAAUCAUAAACGAGCCAAACAACACUGAAAGCGAUGCCAGUCUGCCAUUGCAAACACGUAUCAAAAUCAAAAAUGAACGAUUUCUUAUAAAUGAAUUUGUCAAACAAGAAGAACCAUAUGAAAUCAUUGAUGAUGAUGAUGACGAUCCAGAUUAUCAGGCUGCUGAAGAUUAUGAAGAUGCAUAUUUUAAUUCAGCCAAAACAAAUGAUUCCUGCACAGACAAAUCAUCAUUGGAAUCAAUGAACUGGACCAAAGAAAAUUCUUCAAGACGUCCUUCCAUAGAUCCACAAACCAAUGGAGAAACAUUUCAGUCAACAACUCCUUCGCUACUAACUCCAAAAACAUUAGAUCACAAUCAUAAGCAUAUGCCGGCCGUUAAUGCAGAUGAUGCGGAUAAUGAGGCACCAUCUGCAAAACGACCCUGUCAUGAGACCCAAACUAUGUCCACUGGUACAAAUACAAAUGAGACUGGCAAUUCUUUGGAUAUGCAACGUAAACUUUUAGAGUUACUAAUAAACAUUGAACACCGACAAUUACAAUCAAAUCAAACAGAUAAUUCGCAUGACGUGGAUCGCAUGUUUUUGCUGUCUUUGGUAUCCGAUUUCAAACAAAUACCUGUCCAUAAGAAAAUAUCUGUUAAGGCGAAAAUUGCAACAAUUAUUGCUGAGGCUUUAGGUUAAUAGAUUUUGAGUUUUGGAAAUAGUCGAAGGAUGUUUUCAAAGAAACACAUUGGUUAUAAAUAUAAGCUUAGAAUAAGCCAUAUUGCUGCCAUAAUAGUUUACUUAAAUAGGUUUUACAUUAGAUUUGUAUUAUUAUUUGUACUCAUAGAUGUUUAAAUUCAAUAUAGUUUUUCGCUGAUUUAACGAAAGAGUGAAAAAAAGAUAUUAAAUAAACUUUGGUUUUAUAUCAA